GAUUUUGAGAAAAACCAAAAACGUUUCGAGUUUUUAACUGAAUUUUCCUACGUACGCAAGCUGAAAUUGUUCUUUUAGACGUAAACUGAUGUAAACUCCAGCUUGUACAUGUUCAUGAAUUACUGAGGGAAGUAUACGCAUUAAAAUCGUGUAAAAAAGUCAUUCUUGCGAGGAUUUGCUCGGAUAUUUACGUUUGCUAUUCUCUCAUUGGCUGCCUUCAGACAAAUUCAAGUUCAAAUAUCCAGCGGAUAUUUUCAACCAUUUUCAACAGACUCUGGCUCCCGAAUGGAGAAGUGCUGGCGUGCGGUGUGAAAAAUAAACCGUCGAUUCAUUUGAUUUCUUGUAAUUCAACAUUAAAGAAAUAAUUGGUGUGGCCGCGAGAGACGGUUGUAUUUGAACGAGAUGGAGUCACGACUACCAAAACCAAAAUUUAAUGUACCAAGUACUGUGAAGAGUGUAAUUAAUUCAAUAAAGGAAGUUAAAACAGACAUGGACACUAAUAAAGAGCUGAAAGAUAAGAAUAAUCAGCCACAAAAAAGCUCUAGUGAAACUUUGAAGAAAUGCAAGAGUACUAUGAAUAUUACUGAUAAAUGUGCAACUGAAAAUAAGGCUCCCUCCAAGCAGACUCUUACCAGAUCAAAAACCAUGUCUUCCAUUAAUACUAGAGCUGUGAAAAGGCCAGCUACAACCUCCACAGUACACGGGGAUGUUAAGAAACCAUAUGUUAGACCUGUAGCCAAAGUGACAACUACUUCAACAAGAACUGGUACUACAUUAACAAACACUGCCAAACCUAGUCAGACUACGAGAGUUGGGAAGACACAAAAUAGUGGUGCACCUGUCAAGCCUAUGAAGUGGGACUUGAAGGGUCGAUUGGCCCAAGCAAGUGACGAAUUGUCUAAUGUGAGACAACAAUUUAAAGAGACUGCAUCGAAAUGCAGUGAAUUAGAAGAACAACUGAACUCCUUGAAGACAACUGAGAGCACGUAUAAAAAAAAGGCAGAGGAAUAUGAAACUUUAAACGAAAAACUGGACAAGGACCUUAAGGAAAUGAAAGAGGAGAUGAAUAAAGUUCAUAAAGAAAACGAAAGUUUAACGAAACAAUUAAAAGAGUCAGAAGAAACAGUUCAAAACGUUUCAAGCAUCCUGGACCAAUUUAAACAGAAGUGUCGCAGCCAGGAAACUCUAAUUAGUAAGCACGAAGCCGUAGUAAAAGAUUUACAAUUGAAUUUAGAUACUCAAAUGAAAAUCAAUGAAGACCUCGAGAAACUGAAAACAGAUUUACAGACUCUAGUACACACCAUGGAUAAAGAUCGCCGAGUACUGCAUAACGCAAUUCAAGAGAUGAAAGGGAACAUCAGAGUGUUCUGUAGGGUUCGUCCCAGAACGAACGAAGAGCUUGGGAAACCGAUGUGUACAUUGAACUUCAUAGACGAAUGCACUAUUGAAGUCGGCAAGUUCGAUAGCUCGAGUGCGGCUAGCGGGAAGUACAGAGCAAAUCGACAAGAAUUUUCUUUCGAUAAAGUGUUUCCACCAACCGCGAAACAAGAAGAUAUCUUUGAAGAAUUAGCGUUGUUGGUACAAUCUGCGUUGGAAGGCUAUAACGUUUGCGUUUUCGCGUACGGUCAAACUGGUUCUGGCAAAACUUACACUAUGGAGGGUUUACCUGGUAUUGAGACAGAAGGCAUGAUACCUAGAACGGUAUUAAUGAAAGAGUUUCAAUUACUUGGUUGGGAAUACCGAAUAGAAGCCAGUUUUCUUGAAAUCUACAACGAGCAUAUUGUUGAUUUACUGGAUUGUCAACCAAAGAAUCACGACAUUCGAAUGGCUGACCCCAAGGGUCACGAUUUGUUCGUCACUAAUCUCCAAGUAGAGGAAAUUCAUAGCCCCGAAGAGUUACACGAGUGUCUUUUAAUAGCGCAACGUAACAGAGCGGUUGCAGCUACCCAAUCGAACGAACGAUCAUCGAGGUCGCAUUCUGUGGCGAGAAUAAAGCUUAUCGGAACGCAUAAAACGAAAGAAGAGGUCUCGAUAGGAAACUUGAAUUUGGUCGAUCUGGCGGGUUCGGAAAGAUUAAAGAACGAGGAGUCUGUACGAGUGACUGAAACAAAAAACAUCAACAAGUCGCUGGCAAAUCUGGGCAACGUGAUACUUGCUCUUUUAAAGAAGCAAGAACACAUCCCGUAUAGAAAUUCGAAGCUUACGCAUCUAUUGAUGCCGUCCUUAGGUGGUAACUCGAAAACUUUGAUGUUACUGAACGUAUCGCCUUUAGACGAGUGUUAUAAUGAAACACUGAACUCGCUGAGAUUCGCCAGCAACGUUAACAGUUGCAAAAUGGGAAACGCGAAAAGGACGCGAACAGUCUUACAAAAUAGUACAUAAAGUAUCAUCCAGCAAUAUUUCAUUAAAGUUAACGACUUGAAUGGUCAUCUGUUCUUUGUAUUCUGUUUUAUAUAAUCGACUGGUCUUUUACAACACCUCAUACUUCCUCCAUUUUUUACA